UCGUGUCAAUUUUUAGGUUAUGGGAAUAAAAUGCCGCAAACCGCAAAGUUUGCUGUCAUUUGAAUAAUAUUUUUUGAAAAAAUGGAAUAUUCACAAUUAGUAAGAGAUAUUUUGAAAAAUCCAAAUUUUUCUAUUAAUAAAGUGUGUCCUUCUUAUGUGAAACGUUUUUUGCCGGAACUAGAAGAUGGACCUUUUCUUAUUUUUCACAAAAUUUCAAAGGCGGUAUUUACACCUGUAAAAAGAAUAUCAGUUGAAGAUAAUGAUCAAACAGAUGCAGAUGUCACUGGAUCACCUUUGGAGUAUUCUUUUGGAAGAGAUAGUUUCAAUGAAACUGUAUUGCCUGCAAAGAGAUACUGGUUAAAAGAAGAAGAAUAUCAUCUUCCAAUUGAUGUAAUUAUUGCACGAUCGGCUUUAAAUGUAUGUCUGGACAGUGCAAAACCAGAUUGGAAAGUGCAGUUAAUUGCAGUUUGCAAUCAAGAAGACAAGCAGAAAACUGUUUUACUAGGAACGAAAAUCAACAAGAAAUGUCAUGAAACAAUUUUAGUUCAAAUACAAGAACCAAAAAGAAUUUCUGAAAUUGCAAACUGCAGUUAUAUUUUAAAUGAACAUCUGAAAAUGUCAUCUGUUAAAGCACACGAAGUAAAAAUUGACACAUUCUGCGCUUAUGAAUUAUUCGGGACCAAGGAAAGUUUUACAAAUUUUUCCGAAAUUAGUAAAAGCAAUUUCGAAGGUUAUUUAUGCUUGCAAAUAAAGUGGAAUAGUUUGUCGUUUUAUCCACCAUCGAGGCAAUCGACAAAAACAUUGAUUAUGGAAAUUGCGGCCGGAUGGAAAGAAAGUCCUUUGGAUUCUCUGUGGGAGGAAAUUUUACUAUUGAAUCGUUUUUUGCCAAUUUUGGAAGAAUAUUCGAAGAAAAACAUGAGUUCCAGAUACAGUGUAAUGCCAUUAAAGCUUCCGUCGGAUUUUAAUAAUCCGAAUGCCAAGUCUGAUGAAGAAGUGAUGGAUAAUUUAAAUCGAUUACUAAAUGGAGAUAAUACUUUUCUCGAAAAUGAAAGUGUCAACUUGAAAAAAGCGUCAACUCGCAGUGAGGACGAAAUUGACUUUAAACUGAAACAACAUUUGGAUGAUUUAUCCAACAGACAAAAUUUAGAUUUCACGGAUUAUUUGUGGAUGAUUAUAAAAAAUUCAAAUAAUUACUCAUUAAUAACAGAUUGUAUUCACGCGGUGUUUCAAGAAGUUGAGAAAAAAGACUACAAACCCCAGAUGAAUGUUGCAAAUUCGACAAAAAUUUCCAAAUUAAUAUCCGAAAUUAUGCAGCAAAAAGCGAUGUCUCCUUUAUUAGCUGGAAGUUUACCUCUGGAAAUUCUGAUAGAAAUAGGUAUCGAGAAAUUAAUGAGAGAUUACACGUACAUUUUACUAAGUGCAAAUCUCAUUGAUCGUCAUGAAGUAAAACAAAAAUUACAAUGUCAUUUUAGUGAGGAAAAUUACGUGGAAGGACUAAGAAAAGAUUUAUUGACUCUCGCACAAAUUCAUAUUUGCUUGGAAUUUAUGUUGCUUGCUCAGACACAUGUGGAUUAUCCGUCUGGAAAUUUACAGUCUCUAUUCAGUUGUGCUUAUAAUAAAUUUACAUCAAAAGAAACGCCGAUUGGGUCAUUUGCACCUUUGGAGGCGAAUUCUAUUUAUAAACUCAAUGUUCCUAUUCCAAACGAUAUUAUUAAAGAAGUCAUCGAAGGUCCUCCUUCUUCGUGGAAUGUAAGACUUUCGUCAACCGCUGGAAUUACGCAAAUCACAACAGGUGUUUGCUACAGUCUCACACCAAUUUUCCCACCCGAAAUUUACAACGAAGAUGAAGCUGAUAAUCGUGAACAAACUUAUUACGCCGCAUCGCAUAUUUCAUCGGCCUAUGAAAUAUAAGAAACUAAUUGAAUUACA